GUCUGUCGUCUUCGUUUGCGCUACUACUCACUCAGAGUUACUGUCUGCAUGCUUCUCUCUUGUUCGUUGAUCAGCGCAAAUCCCAUAGACAAUCAGCAUCCCUUAGCAUUCCUUGACAUAAUCAGCUACUGACAAGCUAUUCCCCGCAUAAGAGAACAUUAUGGCUCCCAACCAGCCCUCGGCCCUGCUGCUGCUGCCACCUCCACCAGCGGCUGAUUUCGACCAAUUCAGGUUCGCAUAUGAGGCUAUCCUGUCAACUGUUUGCUCUACGCUACAUCUCAAGCUAAACGGAACCGAUCGCGUGGCUAUUCUCGAUGUUGCGCUCUCCCUCCCGGGUUUGCUCGCCCCUUCCUGUCAGCCCCGCACCAGAGCGUUUGCAAGCCUGCAGUCUAUCCUAGAGCGCAUCUAUCGAUUGAUUGGGAUUGUAUGUAUCGAACACAAGAUUGAGUUGGAUAUGCCCGGAGGUAUUGAUGCACGAGUCGUACUCCUCGACUACGAAGUGUCUCGAAGCGUGGAAGAUAGGCCUGCAGUGCCGCGCGAUGGCCCGAUCGUCGACUUGCGGACCCUGGCUCAGUCAGCACGACCAUGGAACUCGAUUUACUACCCUGAUAACCAGUCAGGGCAGGACCUGGCUGCAGCCUUCAGUAGCUUAUAUUCUCCGGUAGCCGGUUCCAAACAUUCCGAUUCAAGUUCAUUACAUGCCAUCUCAGAUGCACCUCACUGGCAACCGUCAGUAUCCCUCGUGACCCUGUCCGAUAAGGACGAAGCAACUGCGCCCUAUGCAGUCGCUGUAGGGGGGACAUUCGACCAUUUUCACAUUGGACACAAAUUACUACUGACCGCGACAGCAUUGGUCCUGCAGCCCGUGGAAGAUGCUGAGGGGCGAGAACGAACGCUCAUCGUGGGGGUCACCGGGGACGAACUGUUGGUAAAGAAGAAAUAUCCCGAGUAUCUGGAAAGCUGGGAGGAUCGCUGUCACAGCACGGGCGCCUUCCUGACAGCAAUCAUGGAUUUUCGUGGCUCCGGAAGCAGUAAACCUCAGCUUGAAGAGGACUUGAAGCCUGGUGCCAAUGGAAAGUACAUCCUAAUGAGAAUACGGCCAGAUCUGGUUUUCAGGUUGGUGGAGAUAAAGGAUCCAUUUGGCCCUACCAUCACCGAUGAAAACAUCGGCGCCCUUGUAGUCUCGAAGGAGACUCGAUCGGGCGGUGCUGCCGUCAAUGAUGCACGCACGAAGAAAGGAUGGGCGCCUUUGGCCGUGUUCGAGGUUGACGUCCUGCAUACGACAGAGGUGCCCCCUGAUGAUGCGGAGGACUUUGCAUCCAAGAUAAGCAGCACGGAUAUUAGGCGACGACGGAUGGAGAAGGCUUUGAACUGAAUGAUUGGCGCAAAAGUACCCGAGAUGCGCGAUCUCGAUGCGGGAAUUUAGUGGUGAUCUGAGCCAAUCGUCCGGUCUAUUCGACGACGACGACAGCAACAAGAUGGGGGUCUAGAUGGUCGGCCAUCGCAGGGAACGAUUGGACAGCAUGAGAUCUGGCGUAUCUCUAAUUAACUGUCUAGUCCGGACCGAGCUCAACAGGUCCAGAUAGAUGGUGGGGGGAUAGCAGGUGUGAAGGGAUCCUUUCGCCCUGGUGGUGUAAUUUCUAGACCGUCUCAGAUCUCGACCCCAUGUACUGUAUAUAGUGCUAGUGCUG